AAAAAUGGUUCGACCGGAAGACUUCAAUUCAUUGGAGCUUGAUAACUCACUUACCGAUGGAGAAACCGUCCACGAGAUGAUGGCUCACAAGGCUGGACUGACAUACAAUGACUUCAACAUUCUUCCUGGAUUUAUCAAUUUCGGAGUGCACGACGUCAGCUUGGAGACCAACAUCACGAAAGAUCUUAAAAUUAAAGCACCACUUGUUUCAUCUCCAAUGGACACUGUAACUGAAAGUGGAAUGGCUAUCGUUAUGGCGCUUUACGGUGGAAUUGGUAUUAUUCACGGAAAUUUCCCAAAGCCGGAAGAUCAAGCCGCUGAAGUUCUCAAAGUGAAAAGAUUCAAGCAAGGAUACGUGAUGCAACCACAUUGUCUCAGUCGUGACUCGACUGCGUUUGAUAUGAUUCAAAUUAAAAAGAAGUAUGGUUAUACUGGAGCACCGGUUACUGAAGAUGGACGAGUUGGUAGCAAACUCAUUGGAAUGGUUACAUCUCGCGAUUUUGACUUUAUUACAAUGGACGUAGCCGGUCAAAAAGGUACCCCAAUUUCCGAUACGAACGAUGUGACGCCGACCACUCCGAUCACAAGGAUCAUGGUCUCUGUUGAUCAACUUCAUUUGGGACACAUCAAUGACGCUCCAGAACUUUCACAGAAGAAACUCAAGGAGCACAGACUUGGAAAGUUGCCAAUUGUCAAUGACAAUGGUGAACUGUGCGCUUUGCUGUGCAGAUCUGAUUUGUUGAAGGCUCGUGACUAUCCAAUGGCUUCAUACGACUCUAAGGGGCAAUUGCUCUGCGGAGCUGCAGUUAACACUCGCGGAGAAUCUCAAUACACAGUUGAUCGUGUCGUUGAAGCUGGUGUUGAUGUUCUUAUCAUUGAUUCAUCAAAUGGAUCAUCCACAUACCAAAUUUCGAUGCUCAGAUACAUCAAGGAGAAACAUCCACAUGUUCAAGUUAUCGCUGGAAACGUUGUUACACGAGCUCAAGCUAAGCUUCUCAUUGAUCAAGGAGCUGAUGGUCUUCGUAUUGGAAUGGGAAGUGGAUCGAUUUGUAUCACACAAGAUGUUAUGGCUGUUGGACGUGCUCAAGGAACUGCUGUCUAUGAUGUUGCUCGUUACGCCAAUCAACGUGGUAUUCCAAUUGUUGCAGAUGGUGGAAUUCGUGAUGUUGGAUACAUUACAAAAGCCAUCUCACUUGGAGCAUCAGCUGUUAUGAUGGGCGGUCUUCUUGCUGCUACCACUGAAGCGCCAGGAGAAUAUUUCUGGGGACCGGGAGGUGUUCGUGUGAAGAAAUACAGAGGAAUGGGUUCACUGGAUGCCAUGGAAGCUCAUGCUUCAAGUCAAGAUCGUUAUUUCACUGCUGAAUCUGAUCAGAUUAAAGUGGCUCAAGGAGUUUCCGCCACCAUGAAAGAUCGUGGAUCAUGUCAUAAAUUCAUCCCAUACCUCAUUCGUGGUGUUCAACAUGGAAUGCAAGACAUUGGUGUUCGCUCUCUCCGUGAUUUCCGUGAGAAAGUCGACAAUGGAAUCGUGAAAUUUGAGAGACGUUCGACAAACGCUCAACUGGAGGGAGGCGUUCAUUCGUUGCACUCGUUCGAAAAGCGUCUCUACUAAUCACUGACGUCACGGAAACUUGUUAAUUUUUGAUUGUUGAAUUCAUUUUUUUUUCUUUCAUCCAGAUCAAACCUCAAACCCCACCCAGCAUUCUGACACCAAACACGGUGCCCCGUUGAUCUAAAUUUGUUUGCAUUUAUUUUUUCUUUUAUCAUUUGUGUGCCCCCGUUGUUUCAUCAAUAUUGCCGUUAAUCUUUGUGAGCAUUUUUUGUAGUAAUUCAAUAAAGUACUGUUGUU